AUGUAUGAUGGAGCCAAGACCAGGGUGAGGAUUGUUGGAGGUGACUCAGAACACUUCCCAGUCACGAUGGGCCUGCACCAGGGGUCCGCUCUUAGCCCGUUUUUGUUUGCUUUGGCAAUGGACGCACUGACAAGCCACAUUCAAGGAGAGGUGUCGUGGUGCAUGUUGUUUGCAGAUGACAUUGUGCUUAUUGACGAGUCGUGGAACGGUGUUAACGCAAGACUGGAGGUUUGGCGACAGACCCUGGAGUUGAAGGGUUUCAAGUUGAGCAGGACUAAGACAGAGUUCUUAGAGUGCAAGUUCAGUGAUGUGAGUCAAGGUAGAGGACGAGGACGUGCAGCUAGAUACUCAGGUCAUCCUGAAUAA